UAAUAAAUAAAUGUGCUAUACUGCUAUUUGUGCAGAGUAGUUGCGGCGGUGCAAGCAUGGAGGAAGACGGCGAGAUUUACGACGGUGCUAGGGCUCAAUUCCCUCUGAGCUUCGGCAAGCAAUCCAAGUCUCAAACCCCUCUCGAAGCAAUCCACAACGCCACUCGUCGUUCCAAUUCCAAAACCACCACCGAUUUCCCUCCCGUUUCCUCUUCUUCCAAGGAAUGGCUCAGCUCCCUCCGCCCCUCCAAAAACCCCACCGCACCUCCUCCGCCCGAACAGGAGGACGACGACGGCCCCCUGGUGGGACCCCCUCCACCUCCCCCAUCGCAACAACAACCCGAUGACGACGGCGAGAUGUUUGGCCCGCCCCCGCCGCCCCCUGCCUCCAAUUUCAAUGACUCGGACUCCGAACAAGAUUCCGAUCAAGACGAUGUCGGAACCCGGUUCAGAAUCCCCCUCAGCAACGAGAUUGUUCUCAAGGGCCACACCAAGGUUGUGUCAGCUCUUGCGGUGGAUCAUUCUGGGUCGAGAGUGCUUUCUGGAAGCUAUGAUUACACGGUGCGUAUGUAUGAUUUUCAAGGGAUGAACUCUCGCUUGCAAUCAUUUCGACAAUUGGAGCCAUUCGAAGGCCACCAAGUUCGGAAUUUGAGCUGGAGUCCCUCUGCGGAUCGGUUUCUCUGCAUUACUGGAUCAGCUCAAGCUAAGAUUUAUGAUCGUGAUGGUCUCACUUUGGGAGAGUUUAUGAAGGGAGACAUGUAUAUUCGUGAUCUGAAGAAUACUAAGGGUCACAUUACAGGAUUGACAUGGGGGGAGUGGCACCCGAAAGCUAAAGAGACCAUUUUAACAUCUUCCGAGGACGGGUCGCUGCGGAUAUGGGAUGUGAAUGACUUCAAGAGUCAGAAGCAGGUUAUUAAACCAAAGCUUUCGAGACCUGGAAGAGUUCCUGUGAACACAUGUACAUGGAAUCAUGAUGGUAAAUGCAUUGCUGGUGGUAUCGGAGAUGGUUCUAUACAGAUUUGGAAUAUUAAACCUGGAUGGGGGAGUAGGCCAGAUAUACACAUUGAAAAAAGUCAUGAGGAUGAUAUUACCGGUCUGACAUUUUCUAGUGAUGAGAGAAUCUUAUUAUCAAGGAGCUUUGAUGGUUCAUUGAAGGUAUGGGAUCUGCGCAAAACAAAGGAUGCAUUAAAGGUGUUUGAGGAUCUGCCAAAUAACUAUGCACAAACAAAUAUUGCCUUCAGUCCUGAUGAGCAACUCUUUUUUACUGGAACAUCUGUUGAAAGGGAGAGCACCACGGGAGGUUUAUUGUGCUUCUUUGAUAGAUUAAAUCUUGACCUUGUUUCUAGAGUUGGCAUUGCCCCGACUUCUAGUGUUAUUCGGUGUUCUUGGCAUCCCAAACUGAAUCAGAUCUUUGCAACUGUUGGUGAUAAAAGCCAAGGAGGGACUCACAUACUAUAUGAUCCAACCAUCAGCGAGAAAGGAGCUCUUGUUUGCGUUGCACGGGCACCAAGGAAAAAAUCAGUUGAUGACUUCGAAGCAAAACCUGCAAUUCAUAAUCCUCAUGCCUUACCGCUGUUCAGAGAUCAGCCAAGCCGCAAGCGUCAACGAGAGAAAAUUUUAAAGGAUCCAUUGAAGUCCCAUAAGCCUGAACUACCCAUGAAUGGACCUGGCUUUGGUGGGCGAGUUGGUACCAGUCAAGGAAGCUUGCUCACCCAGUAUCUACUAAAGCAAGGGGGUAUGAUUAAGGAGACAUGGAUGGAGGAAGAUCCAAGGGAAGCUAUUCUAAAAUAUGCUGAUGUUGCUAAAAAGGAUCCAAAGUACAUUGCUCCAGCAUAUGCAGAAACCCAACCUGAGCCUGUGUAUGCGAAGUCAGAUUCUGAGGAUGAAGAGAAAUGAUUAUGUAAUGAAGUAACGAUCGCUGGUAGCCCGGUAUCGCCGGUGCGUAAUGCAGAGGGGGCGGCAGGCAAGAGUGACUCAAACACGAGGGGAGCAUUCCCAACAUGGGACUGCAUAUACCCUUCCCAGCAAUGUUUAGUUUAGGCAGCUUGGUAGCUCUACAAAGUUUUAGCAAUCUUCUUUGCGCGGAGUAUUGGUAUGAUCUGUACAUUAUGUAGUGUGUAAAAUUGAAUUUUUAAAACAAUUCAAAUGCUAUUUUUAACAAACUGUUAGAAAUUUUCUUAUGCAUGUAAUAACUUUUCGUGGAA